CCUUUGCCCCACGUAAAAUUUGUUAAAGAGCCUUGUGGGGCUGUGGGACCUGUACCCUCUGGAGGAUUCUAUACACACACUACGACCUGACGAAGAGGAAAUUGCCAAGUAGGAGACAGGGAACAAAGUCCUAUCCCAGGGGGAGGAGAGACUUGUGUCUGCAAGGGCUGGGCAGAGAGAAAAGGCCAGUGCCCCAACGGAAGCGCCUCUCAGAGCCGGUCUGCCAUGGACGCCCUGGUCCGACUCCUGCAGCUGCUGGUGCUGCUCCUCACCCUGCCCCUGCACCUGAUGGCUCUGCUGGGCUACUGGCAGCCCCUGUGCAAAAGCUACUUCCCCUACCUGAUGGUCGUGCUGACUGCCAAGACCAACCGCAUGAUGGCGAGCAAGAAACGAGAGCUCUUUGGCCAGAUAAGGGGACUUACGGGCGCCUCAGGGAAGGUGGCCCUGCUGGAGCUGGGCUGCGGCACUGGUGCCAACUUUGAGUUCUACCCAGCUGGCUGCAGGAUCACCUGCCUAGACCCAAACCCCCAUUUUGAGAAGUUCCUGACCAAGAGUAUGGCUGAGAAUAGACAUCUCCAAUAUGAACAGUUUGUGGUGGCUUCCGGAGAGGACAUGAAGCAGCUGGCUGACAGCUCCAUGGAUGUGGUGGUCAGCACCCUGGUGCUGUGCUCUGUGGAGAGCCCGAGGAGGGUCCUGCAGGAGGUCCAGAGAGUGCUGAGGCCGGGAGGAGUGUUCUUUUUCUUGGAGCAUGUGGCUGAGCCGCGGGGAAGCUGGGCCUUCCUGUGGCAGCAAGUUUUAGAGCCCACCUGGAAACACAUCGGGGAUGGCUGCUGCCUCACCAGAGAGACCUGGAAAGACCUUGAGCAUGCCCAGUUCUCUGAACUCCAAAUGGAACAACACCCGCCUCCCAUCAAGUGGUUACCUGUUGGGCCCCACAUCAUGGGAAAGGCCGUGAAAUAACCCUUCUCCA